AUGGUACAGAGGCAGGCAUCUGUGGUUGUUCUUGAGAUCUUCCGCCUUUUGGUUGUGCUAAAUAACUCCCUUAAAUGGUGUGCACCCAGACCGAGGAGAUCAAAUCCUGUAUUAAGUCCAACAGAUGGUUAUGAUAAACUGGGUGCGCUGGUUGCGGAAGCGCAACAGAAGUGCACGGGAUCUCCCCGAAUGUACAACGGAAAGCCAUGCGCCUCCACAACACGGUACGCUGACAGCCGCAAGGGGGCGUGCGGCUGCGGGCCCCAUGACAACGACAACCAGUUUCCUUGGAACAGCUACGGGCUCGUGGCGGCAGCCAAUCAGAACCUGUUCGACCCCUCGGGCGGAAAAUGGUGUGGUCCGGUAUGCGGAAAAUGCUUCAAGCUCACCACCACUGGUGGUUUCGUCGGUGGCCACGGCGGCGCUACUGCCGAGGGUCAGUCGAAGAUCUUUAUGGUAACCAACGACUGUCCCAAUGAGUGGCCGAACCUGAGCUGGUGCAAUCAACAAGGACUCCACAGCGUCAAUCAAUACGGCUACAACGUCCACUUUGACCUCGAAAACGGCCACAAUCAGAUCACCGGUAUGGGCUGGGACAACCCGGAAGUGACGUGGGAAUGGGCCAACUGUGAUGAAGGUCACGGCCAAGAUGGGCGCACCCCUAACUACGGCAUGUACAAGCAGUGCCAGUGCAGGCAUACUAAUACGAAGUAA